AGUAGGCGUCGCAGUUUUAAGACAUUACUACUGAGCAGAGGAGAGAGCAACGUUUUACAUUUCGACUCUAAAAAGAAAAUACGACACCGAAUUGCAAAAACAAGGCGUGUAACGUGUUCGCUAUCGUCCGCGUAUUCAGAAUAUGUCAUUUCUAUAAUUAUUGCAUGUUCCGUUUAACAGGUAUUAACGAGCAAAUUCCGAAUCUUUAAUAUUAAAGCUAACUAACGUUACAUCACACUGGACUUUGGCAGUGUUGUCACACUGACUGCACAGCCCCAUGUUGCCGUUGAUAUACGUGUUCAUGUUGGGGAGAUAGCGAGCAAUACUGGUGUUGUCAAGAUGAAGUUGUCUUCUAUUGUAGUAACAUUGAUAUUAACGGUGGGUGUUCCUUAUUACAUCUAUACACCGUUACCUGCUGCCAUUGAGGAUCAUUUGAAACUGAUGCUGUUGGACGCCUUAUUCCGUGCUAUGCUGCAAGUGGGUGACCUGUGCCAGUUUCUAGGUCUCAGUCACCACAUCACAGUGAUUCGGGGGUCCACAUUGGGGCUGGGGUCCCCGGGGGAGAUGGCGGGAGGGCAGGGAGGCGGGAUGAGGGUGAGUGACGUGGACUUUAACAGAGUCCCGGUGCGCGUGUACGAGCCCCCCGCCGCGGGAGGAGGAGACGGGGGUCUGAGGAGGGCUGUGAUGUUCUACCAUGGAGGAGGAUGGGCCCUGGGGACCACCAAGAUGGGGAGCUAUGAUGUCUUGUGUAGGCAGAUGUCUGAUGAGCUGAAUGCAGUGGUUGUGUCUGUUGAGUACCGUCUGGCUCCAGAAGUGCAUUUCCCUGUGCAGUAUGAGGACUGUCUGGCUGCGGCCAAGCACUUCUUGGAGCCGGGCAUUCUGGGAAAGUUGUCUGUGGAUCCACAGCGCGUGGCCGUGUCAGGCGACAGCGCUGGAGGAAACCUGGCUGCAGCGGUCGCACAGCAGAUCUCGGUAGAUGACAGUGUGAGUGUGAAGUUCAGUGUUCAGGCGUUAAUCUACCCAGUCCUCCAGGGUCUAGACCUCAACACUCCAUCCUACCAACAGAACCACAACAUGCCCAUGCUACACCGCUCUAUGAUGGCCAGGUUCUGGCUGCUCUACCUGGGGGUUGAUACCUCUCUCCAUCCCCUCCUCUUGUCCCCCUCCUUCCUCCAUCAUCCCUCCAUCCCUCCCUCCCUCCGCUCCCAUCUCAACUGGACCAACCUUCUGCCGGCCAAACACAUUAAGCAUUACAAGCCUGUUGGCAUGGAGAUGGGGUCACAGGAGGUCACAGGGCAGGAGGGUGAUCUUCUGUCGGGGUUGCUGGAUGUCCGAGCGGCGCCGCUGAUGGCGGAGCAGGGGGUUCUGGGUAGAACGCCGCGAGCUUACAUUGUAACAUGUGAGUACGAUGUGCUCAGAGACGAUGGGUUGAUGUACACCAGGAGGCUACAAGACGCUGGCGUCACGGUUUCCAGCCAUCACUAUGACGACGGUUUCCACGGCGCCUUGAGUUUUGCUCACUGGCCAUUUUUCUUCGAUGUGGGGGAACGAAUGAUCAGAGGAUACAUGGACUGGCUGCAAGAAAACCUCUAGUGUGUGUGUGUGUGUAUGUGUGUGUGUCUAUGCAGCUGCAAACACAAAGCCUUCUUGCAGUCAGAAUUUCAGACCAAUGUCCAGGUUAGACAAGCAGAUAAGGCUUUUAAACUGGGUUCAAACUGAUUGUUGACCUGGGUGUCUCUUACUGGGUUAAAUUGGAUCAAACUGGGUUGGACGGGUGUUUUAAACAGUGUUAGAAUGUAAGAAUAUAACAGAGACACCGUUCCCUGAUUGUAGCUGUUUGCACUCUGGGGUGUGUGUGUGUGUGUGUGUCACAAUACGUUUGGUUCAGUUAAACCCACACACACGUCAUCCUAUCCCAGCUCUGCUCACCUGACCUGAACAAUACAUAUGCAGUAUGUUAUCUGUCUGUCAAACUAAUACACUAAAAUAAACUUCCAUCUAAGCCAAUCAAUGCGCAGUGUUAGAAUGUAGUAAUCUGGGUAAUCUGCUGACUCCAUAAGAGACCUAUUUCUAGAAUAGAUUGGGUUGAAUUAUGCUAUGUGCACAACUGGGUUAUACAUCAAUGCAAUCUAUAUAGAAUUGUGCCUAGAUGAAAAAGCCAUGAGGACUUAAAAGGUCAUACAACACGAUCCCCUGGUGCUGUAAAUACAAUAACAAAACUUGAAAAUGAGGUAUGUUCUUUAGACAGGGUAUUGGGUGAGGACUUUUCAACCCACAACACUGAGAGCUUGAUUGUUUUCCACUGAACAGAAUGAUCUCAGUUGUCCCCAGUAACUGCUGCUGGGUUUCAGUACUUUAUGUACAAUUAUGAUUGUAAUGGUUGAUAGAUGUUUAACCCUCCAAUAAAUAUUGAUCAGUUUGA